CUGGCCGCCGGCAGGCGCACGCCGAGCGCCCUGGGAGCAGUCAUGGCAGACGGUCCGGUGGCGGAGGUGCUGCUGCAGCGGCUGGAGGCGGCCGAUGGCGGCUUGGACAGCGCUGAACUGGCGGCCGAGCUGGGCGUAGAGCAUCAGACCGUGGUGGGCGCCGUGAAGAGCCUGCAGGCGCUGGGUGAGGUAAUCGAGGCUGAGCUGCGUUCCACCAAGCGCUGGGAGCUUACCGCUGAGGGCGAGGAGAUUGCCCGGGAAGGCAGCCAUGAGGCCCGGGUGUUUCGCAGCGUCCCCCCAGAGGGCCUGCCCCAGAGUGAGCUCAUGCGACUGCCCAGUGGCAAGGUGGGCUUCAGCAAGGCCAUGUCCAACAAGUGGAUCCGAGUGGACAAGAGUGCUGCCGACGGGCCCCGGGUGUUCAGAGUGGUGGAUAGCGUGGAGGAUGAGGUGCAGCGGCGGCUCCAGCUGGUCCAGGGUGGACAGGCCGAGAAGCUGGGAGAGAAGGAGAGGAGCGAGCUCAGGAAGAGGAAGCUGCUGACUGAAGUGAACCUGAAGACCUACUGGGUGAGCAAAGGCAGUGCCUUUAGCACCAGCAUCUCCAAGCAGGAAACAGAGCUGAGCCCAGAGAUGAUCUCCAGUGGCUCCUGGCGGGAUCGGCCCUUCAAGCCCUACAAUUUCUCGGCCCAUGGCGUCCUCCCUGACAGCGGCCACCUGCACCCCCUGCUCAAGGUCCGCACCCAGUUCCGGCAGAUCUUCCUGGAGAUGGGGUUCACCGAGAUGCCGACCGACAAUUACAUUGAGAGCUCCUUCUGGAACUUUGACGCACUCUUCCAGCCCCAGCAGCACCCAGCACGGGACCAGCAUGACACCUUCUUCCUGCGAGAUCCAGCCCAGGCCCAGCAGCUCCCAAUGGACUAUGUCCAUCGCGUCAAGCGGACCCACUCUCAAGGCGGCUACGGUUCACAGGGGUACAAAUACAACUGGAAACUGGACGAGGCUCGGAAAAACGUACUGCGCACCCACACCACGUCGGCCAGCGCCCGCGCCCUCUACCGCCUGGCCCAGAAGAAGCCCUUCACAGCGGCCAAAUACUUCUCCAUUGAUCGUGUGUUCCGGAAUGAGACCCUAGAUGCCACGCACCUGGCCGAGUUCCACCAGAUCGAGGGCGUCGUGGCUGACCACGGCCUCACGCUAGGCCACCUCAUGGGCGUCCUGCGGGAGUUCUUCACCAAGCUGGGUAUCACCCAGCUGCGUUUCAAGCCGACCUACAACCCUUACACCGAGCCCAGCAUGGAAGUGUUCAGCUACCACCAAGGCCUGAAGAAGUGGGUUGAGGUUGGAAACUCUGGGAUCUUCCGCCCCGAGAUGCUGCUGCCCAUGGGGCUCCCUGAGAAUGUGUCAGUCAUUGCCUGGGGCCUCUCCCUUGAGCGCCCGACAAUGAUCAAAUACGGCAUCAACAAUAUCCGGGAGCUGGUGGGCCACAAGGUGAACCUGCAGAUGGUGUACGACAGUCCCCUGUGCCGCCUAGAUGCCGAACGGGGGCCCCCGUCGACACAGGAGGCCGCAUGACACGAACCGCCCUGGAUAGGCCGCCUUCCCCAAGACCCUGCUGCCCUUUGCAUCCCUGCCAGUGACCCCCUUGUACUUACGAGGCCUCUGUGAGGCCAGUCCCCCUGCCCCUGGUAUCUCCUCUUCCCCACUGGCCCCAGGGUCCCAGGGACAGGGGAGCGGGUAGCAGGUUCAUUCUGUUGUCCACCUGUGAGGGUGGGCCUUGGGGAGCCCUGCAGACCAGCUGCUGGCUAAUAAAGUGGGCACUUGCCCUCA